AUGAACAUCCACACCAACGACGAAAAUUGGGGAUUCGAAGAAGAUGACGACGAUCUUUUCAGUCUAUUAGAGAACGAUAAUCUUACCUUGGAAGUAGCGGUGACAUUCAUUGAUAAUCCCUACUCUUCCCUCCUGGUUUUUCAAUCCUCCUCGUCGUAUAUCACCAUAAACGGCAAUGAGGAGAGUUGUGGCUCGUCGUUUUCCGAUUCCGGCACCUCCGUCAUGGCCAGCGUUGACAUGAGCGGUUUGAGGUUGAGUCCCAAAGGCAAAGCGGUGGAGGACGAUGACGAUGACGAUGAGGUACUAGCAACAUUUCUAGGGAUCGGUGAGGAUCUUUUACUUUGA